AUGAAGUUGACUGUCUCGAUCGCCCUCCUCAUUGCCAUGGCCGGCUCUACUUUAGCACAAAGCUGCAAUAAUGGCCGAGGGUUUUGUCAAGGCGGCAGAUGUCAACCCAACAACGACCCCAGCGGCGCCGGCCCCUUCGUCGGUAACUUCAAAGAAUGUCAGACUGGUAGCGGAAGAUCCAAGGUCGACGAUUUCAUCCUCGGCGGCGGCAAUCAGAACGCCAAAGUCAACGCUGGCGCAGCCUGCAACAACGGUAGAGGCACAUGCAGUGCACGAGGCGCUUGUGAACCAAACAACGAUCCGAGCGGUGCCGGGCCAUUUGUUGGAACGUUCGAUGAGUGCUUCAGUUAG